GUGUAAAAUAAUUUUCUUUGAAUUUUAUUAGCUAAGAAAAUUAAAAAUAAAGAGAUGAAAAAUGCAAUUAAUUAGUGAUUUUCAGAAAUAGAUGCCGUUUUUUCUUCUUUUAAUUUGAAGAGUUUGCUGCUAAAAUUACUUCAAGCCGACAUCAGAAAUAAAAGAAUAAAAGAUGAAAGGUAGCUUAAGUUUUAAUAGACAUGAACAAGUAAAUUACAUAACAGAAAAUUUAUAUGCGACGUUCAAAACCGGUGAUUGAAUUCAAGAACUAAAGAAAUUCUAAUGAAAUUCAAGGACCUUUACCAUCUGCCUAAAAUUGACAAAUAUGAAAGUUACAGAAUAUCAGAAAAUUACUUUUAAUAGGAAGUGGUAAAAUGAGGAAGAAGAAUUGUGUGAUUUUCAUUACCGAAAUUAAAGAAGCUCAGUCUUAAAAAUAUCAGAAGUUUUGGAUUGGAUUUUGCUAUAAAACUGAGAACUGUAACAGUGCUUGAUCACCAGAAUGGAAUGGAAUUUAGACGAUUCCUAUGAUUUCUAGGUAAUGUUUUCAUACGAAACAUUCUUAUAAAUAACAUGCAUGAUCUUUUAAUGCUUUUUUAAGAAUGAAAUAGACUUUUUGGUGUCAGGACAUUGUAUAAAGUACAAUAAUACUUUUCAAAAGAAGCCUAAAAAUUUUGUAAGUGAAGGGUAGUUAUAUGAGAGAAUUUAAUUUCUUAAAAUGGUAAUUUCUUACUUCAUUUAGCAUUUAAAAUUUUAAAGUUUGAAUCACUUUUUAGUUUUAGCAGCUUUCCAUUUCCAAAUCACAAGAAAGGAAAUUGAGAAAAUCAAAUCAUAAAUACGUAAAUCGUAAAACAGAUAGUAAAAAAGCUCUGGCUAGUUGAUUGAAGUGGCUUCCUUUUUCUGUUAAAUGAGAUCAUAAAAAAAUGUUUUAAAGAACAUAUUGCAUACUAAAGUAAUGGAAAUUUUUAACAGAUAAAAAAAAAGAAAAAAAAGAUGAAAACUAUAUAAUGUACUAAAGAAUGAAAACUAUAUAUUGUGAUUUUAUCUUUAACAGAAAGUUCAAAAGGACAAAUAAUAUGCUGGAUGUCGUUCCCUCUUCAUGGGUCAACCUGAAGGCUAAACCAAAUAUCUGUCGUUGGCCCCCUUAUUCAAUGAAUGCAAGAAUUGUGAAAGCAGCAAAAGCCAGUGUGCAACCGGAAACUAAUUGGAAAAGAUAUGCUGUAAAAGUUAUCCACAAGUCUAGAUAUUAUCAAAAUGCUGUAAAAGCAUUAAAAAGGUUCCAAGCUCAGGAAGAUAGUGACAUCGAAAUGUUUUCUCCUGAAAGUACAGUGGAGAGCACACCUAGAAGACAGUUUCUUUAAAAAGUUAGGUCACCAGUUCUAUCCCCUCGCACCUACAAAUGUCCUGAGGGUUAUUCUGGACUGGACUACGAUAUCGAAGGUGCUGACCACUCUAAUGAUGGAUUCACAACACAGGCCUCACAAAAAAAUAUCUAAGUCAUCAGGAGAGGAUUCUAGAAGAACAUCAAUUCAAAGAGCCAUUCGACGCAGAGCCCCUUGAUGAAGAGCCCCUUGAAGCAGUGUCCCUUGAAGAAGAGGGAGAGCAACUAAAAACAUUUUCGAUGGGAGAGAAGAGUUGCAACAACUGUAUAAAAUUACAAGGUUUGAGUUUGUAAUUUUUUAAAUUAUGUUCUUAUUCUAUGUAAAUAUAAAAAUGCAAAAUAAAAAAUUUGAAUUUGCUCUUUUUCCAUGCCAAUUAAAAAAUCUGUUUGACAUUUUAAAGUCGAUCAAAUCUCAAGUGGACUAUAACAGGGAAAUGCUUGAAAAAAGAGAAGUUUCGAAAGAAGCAUCACGUUUCUCUUUCAAUCUGUUAGAAAGCUACGAAGAGUGCAGCUUGCUGAAUGAGGAGUUAGAAAACGACUUAAGAUUUUUA